AUGGCCCAAGGCCCCAGGUCUCGCGGAAUUCGCAUUGCCAUCGACCGUGGUGGAACUUUUACCGACUGCGUCGGCGAGCAGAAUGGCCAAGAAAUCAUCAUCAAGCUCCUCUCCGAGGACCCCGCAAACUACAAGGAUGCUCCUCUGGAAGGCAUCCGCCGCAUCAUGAGCCACUUCACUGGACGUGAUAUUCCUCGCGGAGAGCCGUUGGAUACUUCCCAGAUUGACUCCAUUCGCAUGGGCACAACCGUCGCCACCAAUGCCCUGCUGGAGCGCAAGGGCGAACGCAUCGCUUUGAUUGUCACCAAGGGCUUCAAGGACUGCCUCACCAUCGGGAACCAGUCCAGACCGAGAAUCUUUGACCUGGCCAUUCGCAAACCAGAUGUCUUGUACGAACAGGUUGUCGAAGUGGACGAGCGUGUCACACUGGAAGAUUAUGCCGAGGAUCCGGAGAGAACCGUCACCCAAGCCGACGCCGUGGCAGGCACCGAGGCCGCUGAGAAUAACGAGCUCGUUCGUGGACUAUCAGGCGAGACUGUUCGGAUAAUGACACGGCCUGAUCAUGAAAGAAUCACGACACAAUUGAAAGAAAUCUACAAUCAAGGAAUUCGAAGCAUUGCCGUCUGUCUAAUGCACGGCUACACAUUCCCUGACCACGAAGCUGCCAUCGGCAAGCUUGCCAAGGAAGUUGGCUUCACUCACAUUUCGCUUAGCCAUGAGCUGAUGCCCAUGAUCAAGCUCGUGCCCCGCGCUACAUCCGUCUGCGCGGAUGCCUAUCUCACCCCAACCAUCAAAAAGUACAUUGAUGGCUUCCAGUCUGGCUUUGCUGGCGGUCUCGGCACCCGAAGCGUCCAGGAGACGGAGGGCCCAAGAGGUGCUCGGUGCGAGUUUAUGCAAAGCGACGGUGGUCUUGUCGAUGUGGAAAAGUUUACAGGCCUCAAGGCCAUCUUGUCCGGCCCUGCCGGGGGUGUCGUUGGCUACGCGAUAACCUCGUAUGAUGCAAAGACCAAGAUUCCAGUCAUUGGUUUUGACAUGGGCGGUACAAGUACCGAUGUGUCUCGCUACGGAGAGGGUAGAUAUGAGCACGUCUUUGAGACCACAACGGCAGGCGUCACUAUCCAAUCACCUCAAUUAGAUAUCAACACCGUUGCCGCUGGCGGUGGCUCGCGCCUCUUUUUUCGCAAUGGCUUAUUCGUUGUCGGCCCCGAAUCAGCAGGUGCGCAUCCUGGGCCUGCUUGCUAUCGCAAAGGCGGCCCUGCAACUGUCACCGAUGCGAACCUUUAUCUUGGUCGUCUACUUCCUGAGUUUUUCCCCAAAAUUUUUGGCAAGAAUGAAGAUCAAGGUUUAAAUGUUGAAGCGAGUCGCAAGGUCCUGCAGGAGCUGGCUGAUCAGGUCAAUCGUGAGACUGGAAAGAACAUGAGUGCAGACGAAGUUGCUUAUGGAUUCUUAACCGUUGCCAACGAAGCCAUGACUCGCCCAAUCAGAUCUAUUACCGAAGCCAAGGGUCACGAUUCGUCUAAGCACAGACUUGCCACCUUUGGCGGUGCUGGCGGCCAGCAUGCGGUCGCUAUUGCGGAAUCCCUUGGAAUCAGCCAGAUUCUCGUUCACAGAUACUCCUCCGUUCUGUCUGCAUACGGCAUGGCUCUUGCGGACGUCGUUGAUGAAAGACAAGAGCCAGAAUCCUCGGUUUGGGUUGACAGUGGAGAUGUCGUCGCAGACAUGCGGUCGAAGAUGGAGAAGCUCAAGGAAAAAUCCCGGGCUUUUCUGAAGGAACAGGGCUUUGAGGAUAGCGAAAUCGCGUUCGAGGAGUAUCUAAACAUGCGCUACCGUGGCACCGAGUCUGCUCUCAUGAUUGUGAAGCCCACCGAGGCAGAGGCCAAAGAGUCCUUUGCCGGCAAAGACUGGCAGUUUGGCCAAGCCUUUGUCAAGCAACAUCGCUACGAGUUUGGCUUCACACUUGACGAACGAGACAUCAUUGUCGAUGAUGUCCGCGUUCGCGGCAUCGGCAAAAGCUUCCGCAACAAUGAGAAGACUGUUGACGAGCAACUCAAGACUAUCAAGCGCCAACAUGUCACAGAGUCGAAACGCCAUAGCAUACAGCAGGUGUACUUUGAAGGGGGACGUGCUCGCGCACCGAUUUACAAGCUCGAGAGUUUGUCCAUUGGCGACGUUGUCCCUGGUCCCGCCAUGCUUGCUGAUGGAACUCAAACUAUUGUGGUUACUCCAAGAGCGAAAGCCCUCAUCACUGCCACACAUGUCAUUCUCGAUCUGGAAAAGGAGGGCACAAAGGAUGAAACCGAAAACUCAGCCGAGCGCGAGCGCGAGGUUGAUCCUAUCAUGCUCAGUAUUUUCGGACAUCGCUUCAUGGCUAUUGCCGAGCAAAUGGGACGCGCUCUGCAAAAGACAAGUGUCAGCACGAAUGUCAAGGAGAGACUAGACUUUUCUUGCGCAAUAUUUGACGCCCAAGGUGGUCUGGUAGCCAAUGCUCCUCACCUGCCUGUUCAUCUGGGAUCCAUGUCGACCUGUGUCCGUCGACAGGCUGAGAUCUGGAAAGGGCGACUGGAGAAGGGUGACGUUAUUGCCUCGAAUGAUCCGUCAUAUGGAGGUACACACCUGCCCGAUAUUACCCUGAUUAUGCCAGCGUUUGAUCAGAGCGGAAGCCGUAUCCUUUUCUAUGCUGCAUCGCGUGCACAUCAUGCUGAUAUUGGAGGCAUCACUGCUGGAAGUAUGCCACCCAACUCUCGCGAACUUUUUCAGGAAGGCGCUGUCUUUAAGAGUGAGAAAAUUGUCAGCAAGGGCAAGUUUGACGAGAAGCGCAUCACCGAGAUUCUCUAUGAGGGUCCCGCGCAGUACCCUGGAUGUAGUGGUACUCGCUGCCUCGCCGACAAUAUCAGUGACAUGCGCGCCCAGGUCUCGGCGAACAAAAAGGGCAUUUCUCUGAUUGAGACUCUGAUUGAGGAGUAUGGCGAGGAAACCGUCCAGUUUUACAUGGUCAACAUUCAGAAAAAUGCCGAAAUGUGUGUCCGCAAUCUUCUCAAGGAGGUCCACAAGCGAUUCGAGGGUCGUGAUCUCUCCGCACUCGACUUUAUGGAUGACGGCUCCCCGAUCCAGCUGAGAGUCAAGAUUGAUCCUGAACAGGGCGAAGCCGAGUUUGACUUUGCAGGCACCGGUCCCGAGGUCUACGGAAACGUCAACGCACCGGAAGCCAUUACUUACAGUGCCAUUAUUUACUGCCUGCGAUGCCUGGUAUCUCAAGAGAUUCCUCUAAACCAAGGCUGUCUGCGCCCCAUCAACGUCAAGAUCCCGCCCAAGUCUUUACUGUCACCCUCCCCUGGUGCUGCCGUCGUCGGCGGAAACGUGCUUACCAGUCAGCGCAUCACUGACGUCGUUCUCAAAGCCUUUGAGGCUUGUGCCGCCUCGCAAGGCUGCUGCAACAACCUCACAUUCGGCUUCGGUGGCAACGUCACAGGCCAAAGCGCGGUGCGUGGCUUCGGCUACUACGAAACCAUUGCAGGCGGCAGCGGCGCUGGUCCUGACUGGGUCGGCACCAGUGGCGUGCAUGUCCACAUGACGAACACGCGCAUUACAGAUUCAGAAAUCUUCGAGCGCCGUUAUCCGGUGCUACUGCGCGAAUUUUCCAUCCGCAAAGACUCUGGCGGCAAGGGGCAGCACAAGGGUGGUGACGGCGUGAUCCGCGACAUUGAAUUCCGCAUCCCGCUGCAGGUGUCUAUUCUCAGCGAGAGGCGCGUGUAUCGGCCGUACGGACUCAAGGGGGGCGAGGAUGGCCAGUGCGGCCUGAACCUGUGGGUGCGCCGCGUGGAAAAGGCCGACUGGCAGCGCUCGAUGCAGUCGGUGCAGGGUGCGACGCAGCAGGAGCAGCAGGAGAAGGAGGCCCAGGGUGUCGAGUACGAGGAGCGGUAUAUCAAUAUUGGCGCCAAGAAUUCAGCGUCCAUGGCGGCGGGCGAUCGCAUCAUCAUCAACACGCCUGGUGGUGGCGGUUGGGGUGCAGCAGGUGAGGAAAGCAAAGCCAAGACAAGGGGCGACCACACGGAUUCAUGGAAGAAGGGCAGUGGCGCGACGCGCGAUGACGCUGCCCUGCAAGCAUGA